GGUGAUGGGUGCGGGGAAUGGCUGCUUCCUGCUGUGCCUUUGCAAUUUUGGAGAAACGGAAUUAUUAUUUGGGAAAGGAUUCCAGUUUCUAAUCAGACAAAUCCAGGAAUGUUGAAUAUGGAUGUCAAAAAUCAGCUGUUGGGCCCUCCUCCCAAUGGAUGUACAUCUGAACAAGAAAAAGAACCAGCUCGUGUCAAGGCAAUCCAACUGAAAUUAUGGUCAAUUUGUGAUAGACACAAAAAGACAAUAAUUGGAGUUGGAAUCAUUUCUCACCUCAUCUUAAGCAGCAUCCUCUUUUUCCUGGGAACAUUAAUGCCAUUAAAACACCAACAGGAAGCCUUUGAUUGUCCACCUGACUGGAUUUCAUAUUGGGAACACUGCUACAAACUUUCAAGAGAAGAAAAGAACUGGAAGGAAAGCCAGAACUUCUGUAUUUUGCAUAAUGCUUCCCUAGCCAAAAUUACAGAGGAGGAAAUGGAUUUUAUGAGGAUGUUAACAAGAGACCACGUCUUUUGGAUCGGCCUCAAGAGAGAACCAAAUCAGCCCUGGAAGUGGCUAGAUGGAGAAAAUUCAACGUUGGAAGCCACAGGAAAUGGAGGGGACUGUGUGUAUUUGGAUGAUGGUGCCACCGCCAGCUCAGGGAAGUGCACCACUGAACACCGCUACAUCUGCAAAAAAAAAUUGAGCCAAGCACAUUCUGUUAGAGAAUCCAUUCUGUAAGAUGGAAUCAGGAAAAGUAAGAUUACUGUGGAAAUGAAUAAAAGUCCCACAUGAUAAGCAGGAAAGCUAAAUGUGAUUUGAAUGGAA